AGCGUAUUUUAUUUUGACAGUGUCACCGGAAGCGCGUUUAGCCGCUAACGUGUAGCCUGACAGCUCGGGCCGCGGCUGCUGAGACACGAGCGCGUUAACCGGGGAAAUAAUCGAUAAAUUACCGGAAUAUUUCCACCUUGGAGGACUCCUGGACGCCGUGUCGGGUCUGUGCUGCAGCAUGGAGCCGUUUGUUCGCGUCUGCUGGAGGUUUCUGUCCGAGAGGAAGUGAAACACGGUCGUGGCCUCCCCAGAUGUGGCGUCCACCUCUGCUGAGACUCCUGUUCAUGAACGGCGAGGACGCUUCGAUCGAGCGGCUGUGGCUCGGCCUGGAGGGAUGACAGGACGUUAGUAGACAUGGAGACAGGGGAGACACACAGACAGCUGGAGACGCCAUAUUUACGACAUUAGAUCCACUCAGGACAAGAGAAACUCUAUUUUUAUAUUUUGUACUCAGAGCUGCUUUUCUUAUUGAUCGUGAAGCCAUAGUCAGACGUCACCAUGAGCUCGGAGGGCUUUCAGUACCGAGCGCUGUACGACUACAAGAAGGAGAGAGAGGAGGACAUCGACCUGCAUGUUGGAGACAUGCUACUGGUCAGUAAAGGAGCGCUGCUCGCGCUCGGCUGCAGCAACGGAGCCGAAGAACGUCCGUCAGAGAUCGGCUGGCUGCCGGGCUUCAACGAGACCACACAGGAGAAAGGUGACUUCCCGGGGACGUAUGUGGAGUUUAUUGGCAGAAAGAGGAUGUCCCCGCCCACACCGAAGCCCCGCCCACCCAGACCGCCAUCUGCAGCGUCCGUGAGAACGGACUCCGAGUCGGAGGGCUUCGUGUUGCAGGACCUCCCGGAGCAGUUUGGACCUCCGGACACGGCCCCUCCCCUCCUCAGCAGACUGAUGGAGGCCGUAGAGACCAAAGGUCUGGACAGUCCCGGUGUGUAUCGCAGUCUGGGCGGAGGAGGUCUGGACACCCGGCAGCUCGCUGACUCUGACCUGGAGCAGCUGGAGGUGUCGUCCCUGUGUGACGGGGUGGUCCGGUUCCUGCAGGAUCUGCCCGGCCCCGUCCUCCCCUCCUCUCUGCAGGCCGACAUGAUUCACGCAGUCCAAGAGGUCCGGGACCUGGAGGACUGCGCCCAGGUGCUGCGGGGCGUGGCCAGCUCGCCGUCCUGCCCGGCCCAGUAUGGCCUGACCCUGCUCAGCGUGGUCCGACACCUGGCCCGACUCUGUCUGCACGGUGCCAGAAACCAGCUGAGUCCACGAAACCUGGCGGAGAGUUUCAGCCCGCUGCUGUUCAGACAGACGAGCGGGCCCGAGUCCAGUCUGGAUCCUCUGGUUCAGGUCCUGGAGGUUCUGAUAACCAGCGAGCUCAACAUGAACCAGGCUGCACCAGCGUUGCCUCCUAAACCGGUCAAAUCUUCCGCGCCUGCAGCUCCCAGCAGUUUCAACAACAGUAUUUCUCUUCAGGACGCCGAGUGGUACUGGGGAGACAUUUCAAGAGAGGAGGUGAACGAGAAGCUGAGAGACACAGCUGACGGUACGUUUCUGGUUCGAGACGCCUCCACGAAGAUGCACGGAGAUUACACUCUGACUCUGAGGAAAGGAGGCAACAACAAACUGAUCAAGAUCUUCCAUCGGGAGGGGAAGUACGGCUUCUCCGACCCGCUGACCUUCAGCUCGGUGGUGGAGCUGAUCAACCAUUACCGCCACGAAUCCCUCGCCCAGUACAACCCAAAACUGGACGUCAAGCUGCUCUACCCAGUCUCCAAACACCAGCAGGACCAGGUGGUGAAGGAGGACAGUAUCGAGGCCGUGGGGAAGAAGCUCCACGAGUACCACCUGCAGUACCAGGAGAAGAACCGCGAGUACGACCGGCUGUACGAGGAGUACACCAGGACCUCACAGGAGAUCCAGAUGAAGAGGACGGCCAUCGAGGCGUUCAAUGAGACCAUAAAGAUCUUCGAGGAGCAGUGUCAGACUCAGGAGCGCUUCAGCAAAGAGUACAUCGAGAAGUUUCGCAGGGAGGGCAACGACAAGGAGAUCCAGAGGAUCAUGGAGAACUACGACAAGUUGAAGUCUCGGAUCAGCGAGAUCGUGGACAGUAAGCGCCACCUGGAGGUCGACCUGAAGAAACAGGCCGCCGACUACAGAGAGAUCGACAAGAAGAUGAACAGCAUCAAACCGGAUCUGAUCCAGCUCCGCAAGACCAGGGACCAGUACCUCAUGUGGUUGACCCAGAAAGGAGUCCGUCAGAGGAAACUGAACGAGUGGCUCGGCCUGAAGAACGAAACCACAGAGGAUGAGUACAGCAUGGUGGAGGACGAGGAGGACCUUCCUCACCACGACGAGCGUCUCUGGCGUCUCGGAAACAUCAACCGCAUCAAGGCCGAGUCUCUGCUCCGCGGGAAGAGAGACGGGACCUUCCUGGUCCGCGACAGCAGCAAGCCGGGCUGCUACGCCUGCUCCGUGGUCGUCGAUGGGGAGGUGAAACACUGUGUCAUCAACAAGACGAGCACUGGUUUCGGUUUCGCCGAGCCCUACAACCUGUACGGCUCUCUGAAGGAGCUGGUGCUUCACUACCAGCACACCUCGCUGGUCCAACACAACGACUCACUCAACGUCACGCUGGCCUUCCCCGUCUACAGCCAGCAGAGACGGUGACCCGCCUGGUCCCUCCUGAUCCAUACCGUCAUCGUAGACCAGCAGCAGACCUCGUGUUCUUCCACACUCGACCCGACUCACCAGAACCACAAAGAACCACACAAAGCUCUGUGCGAUGACUUCCACGAAGAGUCAAAGACUUGGACGGUCCCGGUGCUGCAGAAGGAAUGGUCUGAUUCAGAAGUCAUCACGCCGAGCUUCAGGACACACAAACAGGAAGUAGAACCUACCUGGGACCUGAACAGAACCUCUGAACCAGCAGUGUCCAGUCUAACAGUGAAUACAGCAGCCUACCGAGGUGGUUUUCUCACCGGGUUUGGCUCCUGGCAUCCCGGGCUGAGUCAGUUCACCUCGAUUCACCCUCCAGAGAAAUCUGAAAAACCUGAAGGCCGACGAAGAGGACGACCGAAGCCCGUUCAUGACGAGUAACGCUCCACAUGACCGCGAUGCUUCGGGUUCGCUCAGAAACGUGUCCCAUGUGAUCACCACUCCGUGUUGACAAGGCGGCCGGCCUAACUUCCACUUCCUGUCUGUGGACCUGUCAAACGAUGUCUUCUUUUGUCUCGUGGAGGUCCGAGCCGGACGGGUGGAGCAGAACUGAGGUCGUCUUCUGGUUUAAAAUGACGUUUAAUCAUGAACUGCUGAUCCAGCACGCUUUCAGCAGAACCGAACCACAACGAUGGACUGACGAUGACGAUGAUGAUGACGAUGAUGAUGACGAUGAUGAUGAUGAUGAUGUCAAAGGCAAAAUGGCGGACAAUCUAAGAAAGACUUUUCUUGCGAACACUGUGAGCGUCUCUGAACGAGGUUCAAAAUGAGGGCGAAUCGACUGACCCCCAUUUUCAUAUCAGGAGAACUAAACCUGCAUCAUCCAAAGACCUGAAUCCCCUCCUGUCCAGAACCUCCACCCUUUACCCCAUCAGUGUUUUCGAAGACCCCGUCUCUUCAGGGUUGUUUCUCGGAUGACUCUCGUGGGAUUGUUUUUGUUUUCAGCACAAAAGUCCGUGAAGAUUUCCUCGUGUUGGAUCAAAACUGUGACAAACAUUCAGGAACGCUGAGAACUGGAUCUUUCCGGAUCUGCUCAAACGAUUUUCAGCCGACAAAAUUAAAAACGCAACUUUUUUUGUUUUGUUUGUUUGUUUUGUUUUGGUGCAUCAAGACUUCCUUGAAGAAAACAACCAGGUACAGGAAGUGAAGGAUUACAAGUGUUGUCACGGUAACCACCUGGUGACUUUCUCCACACUCGUGUUUCUCGUUUGCUGAUUUACAUCGUCUCGUUCAAACCAAAAAAAGACAGAUCGAGGAGACGUCGUCAAGAGUUCAUCGAUUAGGAAACACUGAAGCUGACCCGGACGUUUUCUUUUGUUUCAUCAGUAAACUGUAAUUAAUAAUUGAUCUGUGUGUGUGUGUGUGUGUGUGUGUGUGUGUGUUUAUCUGUCAUUCAUUACCUUCCUCAGUUUGUGAAUCUCAUGCAGACUUUUUUUAUAUAUUUGAGAUUUGUGCACUGAUGUUCACGUUGAAGGCGUCCAUCCUCUUCCUCUUACCCGGGCUCGGGUUGCGGUGGCAGCAGCUCGUUCCAGACGUCAUUCCAGCUCCACCUGGAGGAUCCUAAGCAUUCCCAGACUAGAUGGGCGAUGUAGUCCCUCCAGCAGGUUCUGGGGUCUGUCCCAGGACGUGUCCAGGAGGCAUCCUAAUCAGAGGCCGCACCUCCUCAGCUGGCUCCUUUUUGAUGCUCCUUCAGUGUCCGGAUGCCCGAGCUCCUCCCCCUCUCUAAGUCUGAGAGGAAGGUAAUUUCAGCCACUUGUAUCCACGAUCUCGUUGUUUUAGUCACUGCCCAAAGCUCAUGACCAGCGCAAUUUGGUAGAUGGACUGGAAGAUCGUGAACCACAACAGUCCACCACCGACCCGCCGGUCCAUGCAGAUAGAUACAGAUACAUGUAUUACAGCUACAAAUACAUACAGUAGCCUGUAUGGUUGGUGGUUUUCUGACCUGGUUUGACAGGUUUGGGUUGGUGGCUAAUGUUAGCUGUGAGCUGAAUUGGAGGAAAAAACUUUUUGUUGUCAUUUUAAACACAGUUUAUACAGCAAUGAAAUUUUGUCUGUCUCCCUUUACACAAAAAUAACAAUAGGAAAGAAAGAAAAUACACAACAAUAGAAAAAUGAGAGUGAAAUGAAAAUAUAAAAAUGUUAAAUACAAAUAUUAAAAAUAGCUUAAAGUCUUUAAAUCACCUUGGUAGUGUAAACACGCUCGAUUCACCCGUCAAAGAAAUCUACCAAACCUGAAGGACAGCCGACUAAUUUUAAAACAAACAGAUUAAAUUUUACAUUAGUGCUAAAAUCUCAAAUAUUAAAAGACUGACUCGCUUGCAGGGAACAAACUGUGGUCAAGAUGCUGCAGGUUUAAAAUCAUUCCAUGGUUAUUUUAAGAAAAUAAUAAAAAAUAAAAAACAGGAUUCUUGGGAUGUUCAAGUCUUUUUUUUUUUAUCUUUUCUUUCUGACUUUCUGUUCUGAAAGCAAAAAGUUCCUUCUGAGUAAAAACAUCUCGCCGUUCAGUGUUCCCAUGAAAUCAGUCGGUAGUCUUGAGGGCAGUAUUUUUGAGGUUUUGCUUUCAUGAUGCAACAUCUGUGGCUCAAAUAUUAAUUUAAAAUUUUUAAUUACUGCAACAUUUUCUGAUGGUGUUUAUCCAGUUGGAGGACCAACCGUGACUUUGUUUUUGUUUCUCCGUCUAGUUUUUGUUUUAAAUUUUGAGCCAGUUUGUCCGUCACUGUUUUUAGGUCGUGGAUUUCUAGUAACUGAUUUCAGACGAAGCCACCAAAUCUGCACAAAAAUCAUGUUGUUUUCGUGUCUGAACCCGCUCCCUCUGCUGAUUCAACUGAUUCAACAUGUCGAACGUUCCAGGUAUUUUCAUUAUAAAUCAUCUUGAUAUCAUAAAACACAUGAACAGUAUUUUCUGUAUCAGAAAUCGUUUGUCGACUUUUUUUUUUUUUUUUCACUCCUUUUACUCUUUGCUUCACUCAUGCUGUUAAUGUCAGAAUCGAGGACAAUAAAGCACCUGGAUCUUCAAAA